CUUUCGGGCCUGACUUCCGGUUUGCUCGCGCGGCCUUGGCGCCGAGCCUGCGGACAACGGAAGCCUCUGUUCAGGUCGUGCGCUGCUCUCGUCCUCUCUUCCAGACCCCCUCGACAGCGCUUCCCGUCCGGAGCGCGCGACGCGGCCGCUGGCCCCUGCAGGCGCAGACGAGGCCGGCGCCGGCGGGCCGGGGUCUCGCGCGCGUGUUGCUGGGUAACGGGCGUUCUGCGGCUGCGGCUCGGCCCCUCCUGCCUCUGCUUGCCCCUCCUUCCAGAACCUCCUGGGCCCCGGCCGACGGGCAGGGCCGCGCCCGUGCUGGCGCAGCCGAGGCCAAAGAAAUGGGAGUCCCUCCGCGGCGUUCCCGGAGCUGCUGCCUGCGCUGGGGAAGCAGCGGUGUCUUCGAGGAAACCGGAAGCCCGUGGUGACCCCUGGCGACCCGGUUUGUUUUCGGUCCGUUUCCAAACACCGGGGAAUAGAAACUCGGCGGCCUUGGGGGCGGCCCUGCGUCGCCUGUCUUCGGGACUGCCUUUGUAUCGGAACCGAAGGAGGGACGUGUGGCUAGGACGGUACUGCUUGGGGCAUAGGAGCAGUGGACAUCAACCCUCUGGACUACCGUUAUGGAGGCCUAACACUGUCAUGGAUGCACUGGUAGAAGAUGAUAUCUGCAUUCUGAAUCAUGAAAAAGCCCAUAGGAGAGACACAGUGACUCCAGUCUCAAUAUAUUCAGGAGAUGAGUCUCUUGCUUCACAUUUUGCCCUUGUCACUGCAUAUGAAGACAUCAAAAAACGACUUAAGGAUUCAGAGAAGGAGAACUCUUUCUUAAAGAAAAGAAUAAGAUUUUUGGAAGAAAAGCUUAUAGGAGCUCGAUUAGAUGAAGAAACAAGUUCUGUGGGGCGAGAACAAGUAAAUAAGGCCUAUCAUGCAUAUCGGGAGGUUUGCAUUGAUAGAGAUAAUUUGAAGAGUAAAUUGGAUAAAAUGAAUAAAGACAACUCUGAAUCUUUGAAAGUAUUGAAUGAACAGCUACAAUCUAAAGAAGUAGAACUCCUCCAGCUAAGAACAGAGGUGGAAACUCAGCAGGUGAUAAGAAAUUUAAAUGCACCUUCAUCAAACUGGGAGGUGGAAAAGUUGAGCUGUGACCUGAAGAUCCAUGGUUUGGAACAAGAAUUGGAACUGAUGAGGAAGGAAUGUAGUGAUCUCAAAAUAGAGCUACAAAAAGCCAAACAAACGGAUCCAUCUCAGGAAGACAGUCUAAAGAACAGAGAUCUCCAAAGACUAAGCAUUUCAAGUGAUAAUAUGCAAAAUGCAUACUGGGAACUGAAGAGAGAAAUGUCUAAUUUACAUCUGGUGACUCAAGUACAAGCCGAACUACUAAGAAAACUGAAAACCCCAACUACAAUCAAGAAAGCCUGUGCCCCAGUAGGAUGCAUGGAAGACCUUGGGAAAGACAGCACAAAACUGCACUUGACGCAUUUUACUGCAUCGUACAAAAGACAUUCCCCUGUCUCACCAAAUGGCAAAACUCUCUGUCAUACCACAUCUUCCCCUUUACCAGGAGAUAUAAAGGUUUUAUCAGAGAAAGCAGUUCUCCAGUCAUGGACAGAUAAUGAGCAAUCUGUUCUUCAUGAUGGUACAAACUUUCAGGAACACAACUCUUAUGGCAGAAAUUCUCUGGAAGAUAAUUCUUGGGUAUUCCCAAGCCCUCCUAAAUCAAGUGAGACAGCAUUUGGGGAAACUAAAAAUAAAACUUUGCCUUUAUCCAAUCUGCCACCACUGCAUUACUUGGAUCAACAUAAUCAAAACUGCCUUUAUAAGAAUUAAUUCUGAAGAGAUUCAUGCUGUAUCUAUUUCCCUCAGUGGUUCUCUCGAGAAAUUAUUUAACAAACUGAAAGCGAAUCUUGAUUAAACUUGCAGAGUUCUUCAGUAUAUACGUUUGCACAUACGGUACUGUAUUAUGUAGUUGAUUUUGUAGUAUGAAAGAGCACCCUCCAGCUCCAUAUUCUGGCUAAGAAUCAGAUAUAUACUACUAAUUAAUAAAUAAGGUGUUUCAAAAAGACAAUUCUACCUUUAAUAUUAAUUGUAAAUUUCUGCCUCUCACAUAAGAAAGGGCAAGUUUUUAGACAUGGUUUUAACAAAGCAUAUGAAAUGCCUAAAUAUCCAUUCAUAAAAAUGAAGGAGGCCAUUAAUAUCAGAAAAAUCAUCUAAGUAAGUUUAUCUUUAAGUUGCAUAAAGGAGCAAAUGGCAAUGAGAAUAGGUUCUGUUUCUGUUGACCUUCUAAUGCAUAAAGAUAUGAAAACUUAUUACAGUGGAAUAAUAAUAUCUAGGUUAUUCCAUCUCUCUAUGUUAUUGUGUUUCCAAGUUUAAGAUUUAAAAUCAUUUUUAAAUCACCAUGUUAAAAUUUAAAAUUGCAAUUUGAAUUUUAAGACUUGAAAUAACCUGAUCAUUGAAGCCAACCUUAUCCCAGUACAUCCCUCAAGUCCUAAUUGAAAGAAGUGAUGAAAUAGUUGAAAAACUAUGUGGUAUGUGAAUAAACUUACAGUCCUAUACAUCAUCCAAUUAGAAGUAGAAAGGUUUCAGUCUUAAUCUGUCCCUUCAGUGGUCCAUAAUGAAAAUCUAAAUGCAUAUUUAACUAUAUAAGUUAUAGUUAUUUUCUUCAAAGGGUCUACACCCACUUGUUAUGUAGAGAAGCUUAUAAAUUGUUAGACUUGGUUUUGAAAUAUAACAUUUUACUCAUUGAGAAAGUGAUUUUUAAUUAAUUGAAUUGGGAAUUUUAAUUCUAGAAACCAAAUUCUGUGCUGUAUUGAUAUAGUACAAUCAUGAAAUGUCCCCAAACUCUUUGAUUCUAAGUGGCCUAUCAUUUAUAAACAAGGAAAUAACAAGGAUCGCUUCACAUGGAAAUUUAUUUAAAUUCUUUCAAGGUGGCAGUAUUAAUAUUAGUAAUAUAAUAUAUUACUUGGUUCAUACAUCUUUUGCCUGAGAUAAAGUGUUUCAUGUAGGAGACCUUUAUCCUUUUUGAUAGUUUCAAAUAUCUUGAACUCAACAGUAUCUCAGACCUCUUCUAUAUUAACUGAAUAGCAUACAUGCAUAAACAAUGUUCACCGUUCACGAGAUAUUUUUGUCUUUCUAUUAUCUUACUCACUUAUUCAAGCUUGUCUGUGAUUAAUGGAAUUGGUGUCAUAUGCUGGAAUUUAUUCUGACCAAUGAACACAGCUGACUCAAGGGAGUACAAUCUCCUGCCAAGUAAUAGAACAAAACCCAAUAUGCAUAAAACAAAUACAAGACUCUGGGCUUUAGCUGAGGGAAGCAACUACCUGUGUAAUAACAAAGCAGCAGAAACUAUUUCUCAUGCGGCUGCAUAGGCUGUAUAUUAUAUCUAAUCUCUAAUGUAGCUUACUGGUUUGCCUUUUUUAAAACCAAGAUUGGAAAUUUUCCUUUGUAAAGAAAAUGUAUGAGAUAGUGGCUUGAUUAAUGUUUUGAACAAUGCCAAGAAAUCGUUUAAUUAAAAUAAAUUAUUUUUGUUUGAAAUUGAA